GGGUCUCCCUCUGUUGUCCAGGUUAGAGUGCAGUGGUACAAUCACGGCUCACUGCAGCCUUGACUGCCGGGGGUCAAGUGAUCCUGCUACCUCAGCCCCUUGAGUAGCUCGGACUACAGGCGUACCACCACAGCCACCUGAUUUUAAUUUUUUAUGGAGAUGGAGUCUCACUGUGUUGCUCAGGCUGGUUUCGAACUCCUGGCCUCAAGCCAUCUUCCCAUCUCAGCCUCUCGAAGUGCUGGGAUUACAGACAUGAGCCGCUGGGCCUGGCCAGCAAAUUUUUAAGUGCAGGAUGCUUUGUUAACUGUAGAUCUCUGGAACUGCCUCAUCUUUAUGACUAUAAAAUGUUUUUGAGAAGGUAUUGAAAAAAUAUUUGCUGAAUAAAUUGUGUGACAAAGUAUAGCAUUUCCUUUGCUUAAACCUCAAAAAUGUAAGCUAGAUAUGCAGAGCACCAAAACUUUGUAGUUACCUCUCACAGAUCAAUUAUUCAUAGGUCAUUCUUGAAUCAUUUUUUGUUAUUGAGAAUUAACUUGUCUCCUCCGGCACGCGGUAUUCUUGGUAGCCUCUAGGAUUUCACACAGGGGGAAUUUAAAUAGUCUUAGAGGUCCUUCAGAGAUUUACAGGAAGUGACCUGCACUUUAACAGGUCUCUGUAGAGCAGGACUAUCAUGAUAGCAUUAAAAAUAUAAGAAGCAAAAAUGAUCAAUAAGAUGUCACCAUUUGUACUUUGAAGUGGUAGCAUAAGACUAUGGAAUGGCAUAUUUCCUCUGUUUGUGAAAAGGAUAGUAUGAUGAUGGUUCUUUGAGCAGAAAUUGUUUUUCUUUCAAAUGCUGUCUAAGGCAGCACAAUGUAAUAGAAAGCCCAUUGGUGUGGGGGGUGAGGGUCCCAGCUUCCUGGGCAGUAAAAUGAACAGGACUGCAGAUCGAUCUCCAGGCCCCAUCCAGCUCUCAAGUUCUCCAAAACUUUUGGAGAUAAAGCCAUAGAACUUUCUUGUGAGCAUCAAAAGUUGUAUUUCAUGUUUAUUAUUGCAACUGACUUAAUGUUCCAAGAGUGACUGUUACAGAUCUACUAUAUGUAGAUAUACAAACUUUGUUUUCAUAGUUUAGUGUUUUCCAGUAAAUGAAAUUUGUUUUCAUAUAACUAAUAUUUAAAGGUGUAAAUAAUAUCUAGGACACAUAAAUUUAAGGAACCAUCAUAAUUGUAUUUAACUCUGAUUCAUUAAGGGAUUAUCUAGUUUGUGAACAUGUAAACCCCCUGUAGCUCUCUUCCCAUUUCUGAACGAAGACAAAAUUUCAAAUUCCAGUUUGUGGCUUAUUCAUACCUUCAAAAUUAUAACCAAAGGCUAAAAUGAGUUUCUGGUACUGUUUGGAAGUUUCUAUUUUGGGGGCUAUCCUCACCACUGAACUUGAACUGGGGAUUAUCAGUAGUACUGUACAUAGUCCAUUAAUUUCAAGUCAAAUCAUUUCACAAGUGUUAAUAUUUCACGUAUACAUGACUGCAAGGUAUGGUAGAAUGCUUCAUAAAAGCUACUGAAAAUAAACUUCAAAAAUAAAAUGUAUCAAUUAGUUAAAUCAUAUUAGCCUAUGGGAGAAAUUUCAAUGUGUUUACUUCCAAAUUUCAAAUUAAUAAUGGGGCAAUAUUAUUGUGCCACCUAGAGCACCAAACAGUGGGUAUAAACCAUCUCCUUAGUCAGAUGGAACACUGGCUGGACACUGCAGAUUAUCUAGGGCUUAAGAUGUUAACCUCUAUCACGAAUCUAAAUUCUGACUUCCCUAUCUAAAACUUCGAGAACAUCACAUCUUUUAUUUAAAGAGAAAAAGUAAACUUCUAACAUAUAAAAUAACGGAUUUCUUUUCAAGAGCGAUAGUCCAUUUUUCUUUUUACAAAAUCACAGCCCUUGAUUUUUCAUAAACUUUAAGUUUCAGAAUAAUUUGGUCAAGAGUAUUUCUACAGGAAUAGGAAGAGAAUCAAGUGGGCCUAUAAUCAAAGACUUAGCUGGGUCUCACCCUCACGGUUAGCUACUGGGACUUCGUAGCUGAUGACCAGGUCCUAAAGUGGACAGAACAAGUGUUACUGGAGGUCCGUCUUCGUGGUAGGUACAGAAAACUUGGAAAUGCAAUUCUGAGGUUUAUUCAGGGCUACUAAGAGCAUGAGAACAGCUGCCCUGCAAAGGCAGGUAAACUAAGGUUUGCAGUACGGAGUAGUAAGCAAAGCCUCUACUUCCCAGGCCCCGCACCCGGGGUGUGGAACAGACAAAAGAACGGUUCUGCCCUUGCCCUUCUCGAACUUAAAAUCCAAUUCGCAAGGCAGGACUCACACAAAUUAAACCAAAUACAGUAUUAUGAGGAAAAGAGCCGCUGCGUGUUAACAGUUGCCAAUGUAUGCUAUACCAGUCAAAACUGAGAUACGAUUUGAAGGAGUUUUAAACGAAGAGCUGGAGAAACACAUAAGAAGGCAGAUCUAAGAUGGAAGAAAAGGCGGAUUCGGGUUGAAACGCCAAGUUGAGGACUGAAGAAAGCAUUUGGAUAAAGCAGCCUCCAAGCUGGGAAGGAGAAAAGCCAAACGAGUAUAGCCACCAAAGACCCAGAAAGGCCAAUAUAUCAUGCAGUGAGUCGGUUGAACUGAAAGGCGGUUUCCUUUUCCUCCAUUUGCUCAGUCCCAAUUGGAAGCGCACUGCGCGGCCUCUACAGCGCUCUCCGCCCGGGUUCGGCGUGGGGGCGGGGAGGUAAGUACGGUAAUGGGCGGGGCCGAGCGCGGGCGCGCUCCGGCUUUCCUCCUGCGCAGCGCUCCCGUCAGCGCAGGGGGCGGGGCGCCUAUAUUACGUGAGCGGCGCCGCUCCUGCGAGAGGACGUUGCGUGCUCGCUCGCGCCAGGCGAGUCUCCGCGUCUCCCUCGCGAACUCGGUGAAAGGAAUUGGCGCCGUUCGACAGCAGGCGGAUCCGCUCUGCAGCACGAACCCAUCUCCAGCCGCAGCCGCAGCCGCCGCCCCGGCCGAGGAGCAGCCGCAGCAGCCGCCACCAGUGGCCGAGUGAGCGGAGCCGAGUUUGAGGCAGCGCCUAGCGGUGAAUCGGGGCCCUCACCAUGAGUUCCUCGCCUGUUAAUGUAAAAAAGCUGAAGGUGUCGGAGCUGAAAGAGGAGCUCAAGAAGCGACGCCUUUCUGACAAGGGUCUCAAGGCCGAGCUCAUGGAGCGACUCCAGGCUGCGCUGGACGACGAGGAGGCCGGGGGCCGCCCCGCCAUGGAGCCCGGGAACGGCAGCCUAGACCUGGGCGGGGAUUCCGCUGGGCGCUCGGGAGCAGGCCUCGAGCAGGAGGCCGCGGCCGGCGGCGAUGAAGAGGAGGAGGAAGAGGAAGAGGAGGAGGAAGGAAUCUCCGCUCUGGACGGCGACCAGAUGGAGCUAGGAGAGGAGAACGGGGCCGCGGGGGCGGCCGACUCGGGCCCGAUGGAGGAGGAGGAGGCCGCCUCGGAAGACGAGAACGGCGACGAUCAGGGUUUCCAGGAAGGGGAAGAUGAGCUCGGGGACGAAGAGGAAGGCGCGGGCGACGAGAACGGGCACGGGGAGCAGCAGCCUCAACCGCCGGCGACGCAGCAGCAACAGCCCCAACAGCAGCGCGGGGCCGCCAAGGAGGCCGCGGGGAAGAGCAGCGGCCCCACCUCGCUGUUCGCGGUGACGGUGGCGCCGCCCGGGGCGAGGCAGGGCCAGCAGCAGGCGGGAGGUAAGAAGAAGGCGGAAGGCGGCGGAGGCGGCGGUCGCCCCGGGGCUCCGGCGGCGGGGGACGGCAAAACAGAACAGAAAGGCGGAGAUAAAAAGAGGGGUGUUAAAAGACCACGAGAAGAUCAUGGCCGUGGAUAUUUUGAGUACAUUGAAGAGAACAAGUAUAGCAGAGCCAAAUCUCCUCAGCCACCUGUUGAAGAAGAAGAUGAACACUUCGAUGACACAGUGGUUUGUCUUGAUACUUAUAAUUGUGAUCUACAUUUUAAAAUAUCAAGAGAUCGUCUCAGUGCUUCUUCCCUUACAAUGGAGAGUUUUGCUUUUCUUUGGGCUGGAGGAAGAGCAUCCUAUGGUGUGUCAAAAGGCAAAGUGUGUUUUGAGAUGAAGGUUACAGAGAAGAUCCCAGUAAGGCAUUUAUAUACAAAAGAUAUUGACAUACAUGAAGUUCGUAUUGGCUGGUCACUAACUACAAGUGGAAUGUUACUUGGUGAAGAAGAAUUUUCUUAUGGGUAUUCUCUAAAAGGAAUAAAAACAUGCAACUGUGAGACUGAAGAUUAUGGAGAAAAGUUUGAUGAAAAUGAUGUGAUUACAUGUUUUGCUAACUUUGAAAGUGAUGAAGUAGAACUCUCGUAUGCUAAGAAUGGACAAGAUCUUGGCGUUGCCUUCAAAAUCAGUAAGGAAGUUCUUGCUGGACGGCCACUGUUCCCGCAUGUUCUCUGCCACAACUGUGCAGUUGAAUUUAAUUUUGGUCAGAAGGAAAAGCCAUAUUUUCCAAUACCUGAAGAGUAUACUUUCAUCCAGAACGUCCCCUUAGAGGAUCGAGUUAGAGGACCAAAGGGGCCUGAAGAGAAGAAAGAUUGUGAAGUUGUGAUGAUGAUUGGCUUGCCAGGAGCUGGAAAAACUACCUGGGUUACUAAACAUGCAGCAGAAAAUCCAGGGAAAUAUAACAUUCUUGGCACAAAUACUAUUAUGGAUAAGAUGAUGGUGGCAGGUUUUAAGAAGCAAAUGGCAGAUACUGGAAAACUGAACACACUGUUGCAGAGAGCCCCCCAGUGUCUUGGGAAAUUUAUUGAGAUUGCUGCCCGAAAGAAGCGAAAUUUUAUUCUGGAUCAGACAAAUGUGUCUGCUGCUGCCCAGAGGAGAAAAAUGUGCCUGUUUGCAGGCUUCCAGCGAAAAGCUGUUGUAGUUUGCCCAAAAGAUGAAGACUAUAAGCAAAGAACACAGAAGAAAGCAGAAGUAGAGGGGAAAGACCUACCAGAACAUGCGGUCCUCAAAAUGAAAGGAAACUUUACCCUCCCAGAGGUAGCUGAGUGCUUUGAUGAAAUAACCUAUGUUGAACUUCAGAAGGAAGAAGCCCAAAAACUCUUGGAGCAAUAUAAGGAAGAAAGCAAAAAGGCUCUUCCACCAGAAAAGAAACAGAACACUGGCUCAAAGAAAAGCAAUAAAAAUAAGAGUGGCAAGAACCAGUUUAACAGAGGUGGUGGCCAUAGAGGACGUGGAGGAUUCAAUAUGCGUGGUGGAAAUUUCAGAGGAGGAGCCCCUGGGAAUCGUGGCGGAUAUAAUAGGAGGGGCAACAUGCCACAGAGAGGUGGUGGCGGUGGAGGAAGUGGUGGAAUCGGCUAUCCAUACCCUCGUGCCCCUGUUUUUCCUGGCCGUGGUAGUUACUCAAACAGAGGGAACUACAACAGAGGUGGAAUGCCCAACAGAGGGAACUACAACCAGAACUUCAGAGGACGAGGAAACAAUCGUGGCUACAAAAAUCAAUCUCAGGGCUACAACCAGUGGCAGCAGGGUCAAUUCUGGGGUCAGAAGCCAUGGAGUCAGCAUUAUCACCAAGGAUAUUAUUGAAUACCCAAAUAAAACGAACUGAUACAUAUUUCUCCAAAACCUUCACAAGAAGUCGACUGUUUUCUUUAGUAGGCUAACUUUUUAAACAUUCCACAAGAGGAAGUGCCUGCGGGUUCCUUUUUUAGAAGCUUUGUGGGUUGAUUUUUUUUCUUUUCUUUUUUGUACAUUUUUAAUUGCAGUUUAAAAGUGAAUCGUAAGAGAACCUCAGCAUUGUGCACGAUAAGAGAAUGUGUCAGUAUUUCAGGGUUCUACAUUUUAUCUGUAAAAUGUGACUUUUUUUUUUUUUUUAUCACAACAGAAGUAAAAUGUUGCUUUGUACCUGGUGUCUUUUAUUAAGAAUUUACUCCCCCCAUUUCUCACAGAGAAUAACAGUCGGGAGUCAUUGUCACAAUAUAAUAGAAAUGUUAGCAACCAGAUUCAUGUAAGGACUAAGUGGUCCUCAUGAAUUGCAUUAAGACUCUGUACUGCUCAUAUUACACUCCAUCCUCUCUGUAGUUUGCUGGGUAGUGGAGGGGUUAAGCUAAAUCAUAGUUUCUGACAAUAACUGGGAAGGUUUUUUCUUAAAAUAACAAUGGAAUUGGUAUAAUUGGGAUUGAAAACUAAAACUUGGAACUAAGAUAGAGAAGAUGGAGUGUAUGUAGAAGGGCUGUUAAAAAUGUAAAACUUGGUUGCAUUAUUUGUGGAGGCUCAAACUUGUGAAGGUUAAUACCAUAAUUUUUCCAUUUGUUCUGCAUUUUGAUUCUGAAAAGAAAGCUGGCUUUGCCCAUUUCUUAUUAAAAAAACUUGUUGUAAAUCCAGUUGUCUAAUGGGAUCUAUAUGAAGUUAGCCAUGUCUGUAUGCCCUUCUCCCACAAAAUACUGUAUAACUAGUGUGCUUGUAGUAGUUAACUCCACCAUCUUUGUAAGCUAAUGAAAUUGUGAGUCACCCAUUUAUAUCUUAAUUUUUAAUCAUGUCAGUUCUUGAAUGGGUAUCUCCUUAGCCUGCUGAUUUCUUUUUCUUUCUAAAGAAAGUGGGUGGAGAAAUUAAUUUAGACGUUUGUUUGCAAUAAAAAGAAUUCAUUUUA